AUGUCGCGAAGUUUCCUCGUGGACUCGUUAAUCGGCAACAACUCGCCACCCGCCUACCCUUUACCGUAUUACGGCAAUCAAUUGCCCAGUUACAUGUUCAACUUCUUCAACCUGGGGUUGGGCUAUCAACCGAUAAGGCCGGUGCCGAGGCCGCCCGCGAUGCCCGUUCCGGUUCCGAUUAGCCCGCCUGCCUUGGCGAAUUUACGCCCGAUACCUGGCCACAGCCCUCCAUCCCCUUUAAACACCUCUGCGAGCAGACUUUCCGACGUUUCAGCGGCAGGAGAGUCGCCCUCGCGCAACAGCACCCCGACGCCGCCCCCCAAGUCGCCCAAUUCCAUCAACAACAGCUCGAAGAGGAUUCGAACCGCGUUCACCAGCACCCAAUUGUUGGAACUGGAGCGGGAAUUCGCCUCCAACAUGUACCUGUCCCGGCUAAGGAGAAUAGAGAUCGCGACGAAUCUGAGAUUGUCGGAGAAGCAGGUGAAGAUAUGGUUUCAAAAUCGUAGGGUCAAGUACAAGAAGGAGGAUCUUCCCUCGGGCCAGAGUCAGAAAUGCUGUUGUCUUCGAACGUGCGGGAAGAGGAAGGAGGGGGCGUGCGGUGACGACUCGUCGACUCGGAAAUGCGAGCAGGAUGACGAGGGGUCGAUCACGAGAAACGCGGAGAAAUCCGUGGACGCGAUUGGCAACGAGGAAACGUCGAACGUCGGAAUGGCGGAUCGUUUCGACCGCUCGUUCCCAUCUUUCCCGGGGGCGGAGGAGGGAUUGAACGUUGCGGGGGUGAUCGGUUACGAGAGGGACGUUCACGGUUUGUCGAGAGGGUCGAAGAGGAGGUUGGACGGGGUCGAGGAGGCCGGGGAGGAAGCGGAGGACAAGAAGAGACGGGUCGACGGGUCGCCGUCGCUUUAUCGGAACGCGAUUCAAGACACUGCUAUCGCGCCUGUGUUCAGGGGUAUAGGAUGCACCAAGCACACCGUGGAGAGGAUCGUUAAUUCGUAG